AUGAGAACGUCUCCCAACGUCAUUGUGACCGGCACACCAGGGGUAGGCAAGACUACUCAUUCUGAAGAGCUUGCCAGACGGACAGGGCUGAAGCACCUCUCGGUCAACCAGGUCGUGAAAGAUCGGGAAUGCCAUGAAGGUUGGGAUGAAGAAUUUCAGAGUUGGAUUGUCGACGAGGACAAGCUGCUCGACGCCAUUGAAGAUGAAGUUGCGGAUGGGGGUUAUAUCAUUGACUGGCACGCUUGUGACUUAUUUCCAAGGAGCUGGAUUGAUCUUGUGGUCGUCCUUCGUGUGGACUCAACCACACUGUAUGACCGUUUAACGGCGAGAAAAUACCCCGAAGCCAAGCUUCAAGAGAAUCUGGACUCAGAAAUCAUGGAGGUGCUUCUUCAAGAGGCUAGAGACUCUUUUGAUGAGGAGAUAGUUGUCGAACUCACCAGCAAUACUUCAGAUGAGAUGGAAACAAAUGUAUCAAGAGUCGAAGCAUGGGUAGAGCAGUGGAAGAAGGAUCACUCGUCAUGA